AUGGGGAAACCCGUAGACGAUGUCGCUUUCUGCGAGAUGCUUCAGGAACGGACUGGUGUAAUGCGUGUGCCGGGAAGUCUUUGCUUUGGAGUUGGAGAAGACUUCAAAGGUUAUGUUCGCAUUGGGUAUGUCAAUGAAACCGAGGUGCUGGAGCAGGGGUUGGAUGCAUUGGGUAAGUUCAUGGAAGAUGGGUAUGAGGAUGUCCCAGUGAAGAAGCCGGUGGCAAAGUGA